UAUCCGCUGCGGUCUCGCCGUGCUGCCCACAACAAUCUCCGACUUCGUCUUCCUCAUCAUCAUCGUCGUCUUCACCUAAUUUAUCUCUAAUUUAUCAAAAAAACCAAAAAAAAAACCUUAACUUUCGUUUCUUCAAUCCCAGCAAAAAAAAUGGCUCAGGUUCAAGCUCAUUCUUCACAUUCUCCUCCUCCGGUUGUUAACGACGGGUCGGUGACGGCUUCUGCUACACCUGGAAUCGGCGGCGGAGAUGGAGUCAAUCACGGUGCUCUUUGUUCUCUCUAUGUUGGAGAUCUGGAUUUCAAUGUUACAGAUUCUCAGCUUUAUGACUAUUUCACCGAGGUUUGUCAGGUCGUAUCUGUUCGUGUUUGUCGUGACGCUGCUACCAAUACUUCUCUUGGUUAUGGUUAUGUCAACUACAGCAACACCGAAGAUGCGGAAAAGGCAAUGCAGAAGUUGAACUACAGUAGUCUCAAUGGGAAGAUGAUUCGGAUUACUUACUCGUCUCGUGACUCUUCUGCUCGUAGAAGUGGUGUUGGGAAUUUGUUUGUAAAGAAUUUGGAUAAGUCAGUUGACAACAAAACUCUGCACGAGGCGUUUUCCGGGUGUGGGACUAUUGUGUCCUGUAAGGUUGCUGCUGAUCAUAUGGGUCAGUCUAGAGGAUAUGGGUUUGUGCAGUUUGAUACUGAGGAUUCAGCUAAGAAUGCUAUUGAGAAGCUGAAUGGCAAAGUGUUGAAUGACAAACAGAUUUUCGUUGGACCUUUUCUUCGUAAGGAGGAAAGAGAGUCUGCUGCUGAUAAGAUGAAGUUUACCAAUGUUUAUGUGAAGAAUCUGUCGGAGGCGACUACUGAUGAUGAGUUGAAGACUACUUUUGGUCAGUAUGGUAGUAUUUCGAGCGCUGUGGUUAUGAGGGACGGAGAUGGGAAAUCCAGGUGUUUUGGAUUUGUUAACUUUGAGAAUCCUGAAGAUGCGGCUCGUGCUGUUGAAGCUCUCAACGGAAAGAAGUUUGAUGAUAAGGAGUGGUAUGUUGGUAAAGCUCAGAAGAAAUCUGAGAGGGAACUUGAGUUGAGCCGAAGAUAUGAACAAGGCUCAAGUGAUGCAGGAAACAAGUUUGAUGGGUUGAAUUUAUAUGUUAAAAACCUUGAUGAUACCGUCACCGAUGAGAAGUUGCGUGAGUUGUUUGCUGAAUUUGGUACAAUUACGUCUUGCAAGGUUAUGCGGGACCCUAGUGGUACUAGCAAAGGAUCAGGAUUUGUUGCCUUCUCUGCUGCCAGUGAAGCUUCUAGAGUGCUGAAUGAAAUGAAUGGUAAAAUGGUUGGUGGCAAACCGUUGUAUGUCGCUCUUGCACAGAGGAAAGAAGAAAGAAGGGCUAAGUUGCAGGCUCAGUUUUCUCAAAUGAGACCUGCUUUUAUCCCCGGUGUGGGUCCUCGAAUGCCAAUAUUUCCAGGUGGUGCUCCAGGUCUUGGACAACAAAUCUUUUACGGUCAAGGGCCUCCACCAAUCAUCCCUCACCAGCCUGGAUUUGGUUAUCAGCCUCAGCUGGUUCCUGGAUUGAGACCAAACUUUUUCCCGAUGAUGCAGCCUGGUCAGCAAGGUCCACGACCAGGUGGCAGGCGGUCAGGUGAUGGACCCAUGCGCCAUCAGCAUCAGCAGCCAAUGCCUUAUAUGCAGCCACAGAUGAUGCCAAGAGGACGCGGGUACCGUUACCCUCCUGGUGGUAGAAACAUUCCUGACGGUCCAAUGCUAGGAGGCAUGGUUCCAGUUGCUUAUGACAUGAAUGGAAUGCCUAUUGCUCAGCCUAUGUCUGCUGGUCAAUUGGCUACUUCCCUUGCUAAUGCUACACCUGCUCAACAGAGAACACUUCUUGGUGAGAGUCUAUACCCAUUAGUGGACCAGAUAGAGCAUGAGAAUGCUGCGAAAGUGACCGGUAUGCUUCUGGAAAUGGAUCAGACCGAGGUUUUGCAUCUGCUCGAGUCACCAGAGGCUCUAAAUGCCAAAGUUUCAGAGGCAUUGGAUGUGUUGAGGAAUGUGAACCAGCCAUCAACACAGGUGAGUGAAGGCAACAAAAGUGGAAGCCCAAGUGAUCUCAUGGCUUCACUUUCCAUUAAUGAUCACUUAUGAGAAGCUUUUGUUCGAGUUUUUUUUACCU